AUGGCUGUCAAAGGCAGCAAGUCUACGGCCUUGAGAUCAGCAAACCGCAGAGUUCCUGUGCCAGCUGAGGCCUUGGCCAUGGAAGGUCCUGGUGCAGAAGAGGCUCCAUCAAUGGCAGCCUACCCAGGUCUGGCCAACCAGGGCACCACCUGCUGCCUGAACAGCCUCCUGCAGUGCCUCUUCUUCACGCCGCAGUUCCGCCAUGCCAUCCUCAGCUGUGAGGACCUGGAGGAGUCCAGCCUGGUCACUCAGCUGAGGAAGGUCUUUGUGGCCCUGCAGACGGCCCAGGGGCCUGUGACCACCUCCGCCAUCACCCGCUGCCUGGGGCUGAGAAAUGUGCACCAGCAGCAGGACGUCCUGGAGUUCUUCCAGACCCUGCUGACCAGGAUGGCUGCUGAGCGAGCGGAGCUGGGGCAGCUGUUCCAGAUGACCACAGAGCACGUGAUCCGGUGCGAGGAGUGUGGGGAGGAGACGAGGCAGGAAGAAGAGCGGCUGUUCCUCAUGGUGCCAGCGACGCAGGUCGACGGAGGUCCCCUGUGCUCCGUGGCUGAGUCUGUGCAGGCGUUGUUCCGGGAGGAGCAGGUCACAGGUGACAACCAGUACUACUGCGAGCACUCCCACAAGGGCCUUCUGAGAGCAGGAGAUGAGUACGAUGGACAGCAGAGGGUGCAGAUGAGCUGUGGCCAUGCUGUGGACCCAGGGAAUCUGACAGCCUGGUGCCGAAGCCUGAUGGACCAGGGCCACUUCAAGUUGUACUGCCCAGCUGUUGUCGAUGAAGACAAGUGUGGGGCUGAGUGGCCUUAUUCGGAGGUGCGUCGCUGUGCAGUGCUGAGUGACACCGAGCAGCGAGAAUUUGAGCAGAAACUGGCCCUGAUGGCGGCAAAACUCUACUGUGACUAUAAAGAGUGCCCCAGAUGCAAAAGCCUGGUGGAGAGGAAGGAUCUGACCACCAUCCGCGUGUUCUGCAUAAUCUGCACCAACUACGAGUUCUGCUGGCAGUGUCUGCGGGCCUGGAAGGGGGCGGGCAAGCCCUCUGAUCGCUGUGACAAUGUGGGCUGCAGGGAUCCGAGCCUGGACACCCUGGCCUCCUGUGUCACCAAGGACCUCCCGGGCAGCGAGAUCCAAGGCUGUCCGUCCAUCAGGGCCUGCCCCACGUGCGGGAUGCUCAUCGAGCACAAGGAGAAGUGCAAGUACAUCGUGUGCUCACGGUGCCACGUGGAGUUCUGCUUCGCCUGCCUGGACCUUGCUCAGGUCUGCCAGGCUGCCAAAUCGGGUGCCUGGUUUAAGUGGUGUGCCAAGCCUCUGGCCCCAAGGCAGCGCCAUAUCCCUGUGUGGAGCAGACACAUCCUACCCGACACAUCUGACAUCUGCUAG